ACGAGGUGCAGCGGCGGAGGGGACGCGCGUGCCGCUUUCCCGGGUUUCGGACGGCGGCCUGUUUGGUUGUCGUCUGAGGCUCGGGGGAGGGUUUGGCUGCGUCCAAGGGAGACGUUCGGAGACAUCCAUCUUAUUUUGUUUGAAAAGUUGCUCGUCCAAGUUGUCACUGGGUGACAGCUUGGACUAAAGCUAAUUUGCGAACCGCCCCUCCUCUCUUCCCUGAGGCUCUCGGAGGCAGCGCCGCGGACGCGGUGCUAAAUUGGGCGGGGACUUCGGACCCCAGCUUUCUGGAGCCAGAGCUCAGAGCUGAGCAGCUUGGCAGCGGGAGCCCACGAAGGAUGAGGACACCGACUUUCGGGAUAAAGGCCGAGUGAAGAAAAAUCAGGCCCGAGUGAGGUCAGGAGGAGGGAAUCCAGGGGGCCACCCCCGUGUUCCAGGAGGCGGGCUUUGCACCCGUGAAAAUACACAGAAGCACCCGCUUCUCUGGGCAAGCGCUGGCGCUGGGACCAACUCUCUACGUCCGAUGUCGGUUUGGAGCUGCACAAGUUAGGGGAGGGUCAGAAUUCCCUGGAGCCUCCGCCCGGGCCCCUACGCAGGGGACCCCGCUCAGCCCACGCGGCAGCAGCAAACACUUUGGCGUGGCCGGGGCGUGGCCGAGGAGGUGGGCCACGCCCCUCUUUCCCAAUUCCCGUCUACUCCCCGCUCCCAUUGGUCAUGAGGAUGGCCAAUGAGCACUCGGAUCGAGGUCCUACCCUGGGUCUGACUCCGAAGCUCCUGCCAAAAGUUUGGGAGUUUUUAGAGAGGAGUUUUUUUUUUUUUUUUUUUUCCUUUUUUUUUUUUUUUUUUUUUUAAACUAACGGAUUAUUAUUGUUGUUGUUUUAAAUUUAGCUCUUAGGGCUUAGCUGUUUGGGUUUUCUUUUGGUGCCCAGCCCCUGUCUCCCCGGCUUCCCUGGCGUGUGCGGAGCCGCGGCCCCCGCCCGCCCAGCAGCUCCAGCGCCCCUCUCUCGCCUCCAGCCCGCGGGGAGCGCGGGCGCCGCGCCGCCUUUAAAGUGAGGCCACGGGCCGAGGCUGUGCCCGGCCGGGAUCCGGGCCUCGCCUCUUCCCUCGGUGGCGCUAGGGCUCCCUGGCCUGUCUUCAGCGCGGACGGAGAAGCGAAAGCGGAUCGUCCUCGGCUGGGCUGCCGCUGCCUCCGGGACUCAGCGCGCUCCUCCCCGCGCACCCACCCACCCACUGGGCCGGGCCCGGCCGGGCCGCGGCGGCAGCUCGGCUCACCCAGCCAGAAUGUUCGCCGCCGGGCUGGCUCCCUUCUACGCCUCCAACUUCAGCCUCUGGUCGGCCGCCUACUGCUCCUCGGCGGGUCCGGGCGGCUGCUCCUUCCCCUUGGACCCCGCCGCGGUCAAGAAACCCUCCUUCUGCAUCGCAGACAUCCUGCACGCCGGCGUGGGGGAGCCGGGGGCGACCGCGGAGGGUCUGGCGGGGGCCUCGGCCGCCGCCCUCACCGCUCACUUGGGCUCGGCUCACCCGCACGCCUCUUUCCAAGCUGCCGCCAGAUCCCCGCUUCGACCCACCCCGGUGGUGGCGCCCUCCGAAGUCCCGGCUGGCUUCCCGCAGCGGCUGUCUCCGCUCUCAGCCGCCUACCACCACCAUCACCCACAGCCACAGCAGCCGCAACAGCCUCCGCAGCAGCCACAGCCUCCGCCUGCGCCCCGGGCUGGCGCCUUGCAGCCCCCUGUCUCCGGGGCGCGGGUGGUCCCGAACCCCUCGCAUAGCGGCUCGGCCCCGGCCCCCUCUAGCAAGGACCUCAAAUUUGGAAUUGACCGCAUUUUGUCUGCAGAAUUUGACCCCAAAGUCAAGGAAGGCAACACGCUGAGAGACCUCACGUCCCUGCUAACCAGCGGGCGGCCCGCAGGGGUGCACCUCCCCGGCCUGCAGCCCUCCGCCGGCCAGUUCUUCGCGUCUCUAGAUCCCAUUAACGAGGCUUCUGCCAUCCUGAGCCCCUUAAGCUCGAACCCGAGGAAUUCAGUUCAGCAUCAGUUUCAAGACACGUUUCCAGGUCCCUACGCCGUGCUCACGAAGGACACCAUGCCACAGACCUACAAGAGGAAGCGCUCCUGGUCGCGGGCGGUCUUCUCCAACCUGCAGAGGAAAGGCCUGGAGAAGAGGUUUGAGAUUCAGAAGUACGUGACCAAGCCCGACCGAAAGCAACUGGCAGCGAUGCUAGGCCUCACGGACGCGCAGGUGAAGGUGUGGUUCCAGAACCGGCGGAUGAAGUGGCGGCACUCCAAGGAGGCCCAGGCCCAGAAGGACAAGGACAAGGAGGCGGGCGAGAAGUCGUCGGGCGGAGGUGCGGCUGCCGACGGCGAGCAGGAGGAGCGGAGCCUCAGCCGCUCGGAGGGCGAGGCCGAGAGCGAGAGCAGCGACUCCGAGUCUCUGGACAUGGCCCCCAGCGACACGGAGCGGACUGAGGGGGCCGAGCGGUCUCUGCACCAGACCACGGUCAUCAAGGCCUCGGCCGCGGGCGCCCUC